AACCGCUUGCGAAUUUCAUCCACCUUCCUUCAAAAGUCCGUCGUAAUGUCACACCGUCCUGUUUCCGCAAAAAUUGAUACGGGACUCCCGAAAUCAGUUCGAGAACGACAAAUCUCCAAUCUCUCCAGAAAAAGUUCUCAAACCGUCGCAAAUAAACCAACCAACGCUCGCGUAUCUCUUCCCCAACGACCUAAAAGUGCCAGCCACUGUUGCGGGGCGACGGAUUCCCCAGGCAAGCGUCCAUGGUCCAACAGUGUGCUGAUCGAUAGCAAAUUUCCAAAUGGUUCCUGUUGCAAAAAUGAUGCCAAUAAACCGAGUCCAAACCACAAAUUGGGACACAUUCCAGCCUACAUCCGAAAAAUGCGUUCUUCGUCGUCUUUUCAACAAGCAAGGAUCGAAGAUCGCCUCGAGGAUGAAUCUCCGCCGCCGCUUGUGCCUAGCGAGAAGGUUCUUCACUUUCCUGAAAGACGUCUUCUCAGACAGCGAACAUUCAACCAGAAAGAGCAUCAACAACUGGAAGAGGCACUGAAAGAACUGACGGAAGAAAAGAAAAUGCUCGAAGCACAGAAUCAGUGGCUCAAGGAAGAAUCCGAAUCGCGGCUGCAGAUAAUUGGCACGGAGAGCGAACGGAACAAGCAACUGGAAGCUCAAAUUCGUGAAAUGUCCGAAGCAAUGGUUCGACUGCAAAGUGAGCAGAAAACUGUCAAUGAAAUCGAUAGCGAGUCAAGUCCUUCUAGGGAAGAGCUUAUGGAACGAGUUCAUGGUCUUCAAGCGGAAAAUGAAUCUUUGAGGAAGGAGAUGGAAGAGUUGCACAUCCAGUCGUGCGAGGAUAUUAUGAACCAAAAACAAGAUCCUGAAAAGGAAUCAAACGAUCAAAGUGAAUGCAAAACGAUUGGAUUAUUACAACGAGACCUGGAGAAGUACCGCAUGGCUCGUAAAAAGCUGAAGGAAAUCAUCCAAACGCUGAUGGUGGAAAAUCAUCGUUUGCGAUCAUCGCUUGAGAAUCACUGCAUUGAAGGGUCGUUGAAGGAGGAAUUGGUUGAGGUUGAACAACCCGUUAAAAAUGACAAUGAAGAAGAGGUUGUUCGAAGAGUGGACUUUUUCGAAGAUCUUAGGAAGGAAAAACGGACGCAGCAGAAGCUAAUCGAGGUGAAGAAAUACAAUUCGUAGGGUAUUUAUGUGAGAAACAUUUUGUUGCUUAACAUUAUCAAAAUUUGUGUGAUCCUAUCGAAA